AGUCAAGGGUGUUUCCCCACAGUGAAGAUUGUCAUUAUAGAGAUUUCUUCGUCGAAGAAGAGUCGUACUUAACCUUUGUGAUAUCCAAACGCACAGAUAUACAGAUCCAACUACAGACCACCCAUGUGUAGACAGGAAUAAGAAACAAUGCCAUUUGGCUUACGUUUUAAAAGGACCAGGAGAUAUGAGGUUUCAUCCAAAAAUGUCUUUGUGGUGGGAGUGUCCAUGUUGGACAAUUCAUUCCUGGAAUGUACUCUGAACUCGGACAGCACAGGACAAGAAUGCCUUGAUAGCAUUGCACAACGUAUUGAACUCAAUGAGACUCAGUACUUUGGCCUGCGUUAUGUAACAAAGAAACUUCAGUUCCACUGGGUAGACCUGACCAAGCCUCUAAAGAAACAGAUAGACAAAAAUGCCCAGGCAGCCACAGCACCACGCCUCUACUUCGGUGUCAUGUUCUACAUCCCGGGGGCUCACAGGAUCACCGAUGAUGCAGCAAGAUAUAACUACUUCCUGCAGCUAAAGACUGACAUUGUUGAGGGGCGAAUCCCUAUCAUCUUGGACCAAGUGGUACGCUUAGCAGCCUUUUGUCUGCAAGCCGAGUUUGGUGAUCACGAUUAUGAUAAAAAUGCCCAAGACUACUUCAAGGACAACAACCUGUUCCCUAAAACAAUGUGUAAGGAUGACAGUGUGAUGGCGGAGAUGAUGAACGAGACACUGAGUGGUUACAUCAGUCUCCAGGGAGUGCAUCCUUUUAAGGCAGAGAUGCAGUAUAUCAAGGAGAUACAAAUGAUGGACGGCUAUGGAAUGGAGUACUACAUAGCAAAGGAUGAGAAAGGAAAAGAACUCUACCUCGGAACAUCCUACCUGGGAAUAUUUGCUCGUUAUCUGGAUGCUCAACCAGCCAUCUUCUUCAGAUGGUCAGAGAUUGCACGCCUGACUCAGAGUAAGAAAACACUGGAGAUUGACACAUCCAAGUCUUCCUGUCAAUAUCAGAUGGAAGAUUCUGAGACAGCCAAGUACUUCCGGAGAAUGGGUUCCUUACAACAAAAGUUUUAUAGGGCAAACAAGGGCACCCCUAGGGAUUUGCAACAGAGCAUGCCAACACCAGCUGAUUUCCCAGACCAGCUUACCCAGUCUCAGACAUCACUGACUUACUCCCAACAUUCCCAUCAGUCACAACAAUCCCAGGACGCACGAUUUGAGAAAGAGUUGUCCCAGUCGACGGCAUCAGAGGAUUACUACCGUCAAUCACAGCAAUCGCUUGAGACAACUAGCAGUCAUGAAUUACCACCACCACCACCACCACAACAACAACAACCACAACAACAACAACCACAACAACCACCACCUCAUGUGUUUCCUGACGGGGGCGUCAUGAUGAAUGGACGCAUGUACAGUCCCAUGAUGCAACACCAGCAGUUGCAUCCACCACAAACACCACCACAGCCACAACGCAUUGACCCGUCUUACGCCAGCAGGGCAGCAGCUCUUCCAGCAUAUCGACCUAGUCCGUCCUAUGAAUCAGUGAUGAGACAGAGAGUCAACCAACAGCAAAUGCACAAAAAUACACAGAUGUAUGGACAGCAACAACAAGGGGAGACAAUUUCAUAUACCAGUCAACAAGGGGAGACAAUUCCUUUCCCCAGUCAGCCUGGUGAGAGUUUACAAUAUACUGGACAACAAAGAGAAGGAAUACCAUUUCCUCACCAACAUAUGACCUCUGAGAUGUCCAAGUAUGGUCCACCUGAAAACGAUUAUGUCAACAGUACCACUAUCAGAAACUACAGCAAUAGUACUAUGUAUGCCAAUGUGUUUCAAGAGGAAAAGGCAAACUACCUCCAACAGUACAGACCAGAGAGUAAUCUCAUUAUGCAGACUACAUAUAGCACCCCAGAGCUCAACUCUCAGGGGGCAUUGCCCCAGUACAGCACAGACAAUGGGUUGAAUGAGCCCCUCCCCUUUCAGUACAAACCACCUCCUCCAUAUCCCAGGGCUAGUAGUAGUACUCCAGACCUAGCUGUGCAGACCACCAAUGCCAACAGUAUUGGUGAUAGUCCUGAUCUGGUGUCAAGGAAAAAUCUGGGUAUGUCUGCACUAGCACUGCAAUCAAAUCUAGAUAAAAGUGUAGAAAAUUUGGCUGAUGUUGUUCCCAAACAAAAGCAGAAUAUUGUGAUGAAUCCCAAUACACCUCAGAUAGCAAUCAGUCAGAUGACAACAAACACUGGGGGUAGCCCUGUGGACAAUGACGACGCAUCCAGUGAUCACUCGGGUGCAACAUUCCACGCCCGAGACACGGACAGUGAGGUAGAGGAUGGCGGGGGUGAUAGGACACUUAAACGUGAAGGUAGCAAGUCACAAAUACAGAUAAAAUAUGUUGCCCCGAGUAAGGCUCCCCCUCCCUCAACUUCUAAGGAAGUGGUCACACGGAGGGAAAGCUUCAGGAGGAUGAUGAUUGCUCGAACAACUGGACAGCUCAACCCUCCAGCAUUAUGUAGUGAGGAACUGUCGGGGACUCCCGGGGUCGGAGGAUCAAAUGCUAAAUCAGAAAAUGACGUUAUUCCUGAACAGGCUGAUAUUGAUCUUGAUGCAUUAAAAUUAGAAAAAGCAAAAGUUGAUAGAAAUUUGUCAUUCCAGUCAAAAUUAGAAAGAAAGACUUCUAUUCAGUCAAGUUUAGAGAGAAAUAGAUUAAGUCAAUCGAAAGGUCAGUCGACAUUAGAAAGAAAAUCUUCCAACCAGUCCAAAGGCCAGUCCACAUUAGAAAGAAAGUCUUCAAACCAAUCGAAAGGCCAGUCAACAUUAGAAAGGAAAGCAUCCAGCCAAUCAAAAUUGCAAUCAACUUUAGAGAGGAAAGCAUCCAACCAAUCGAAAGUUGAAAGGACUUCAUCUGUUCAGUCUCAUUCGAGUAGUGUGUCUGGUGGUAGUUCUGUGUCAAUGACAGAGAGGAGCUCCCCAAGUGGGGAUCAUGACUCUUACUUAAACUUGGCUUUUGUGCCCCCAGUGGGGAAUUAUAUGAGAGAAGAGACAGUGAAAAAGAUAAAGGAAUUGACAGAGAGAGAAGAGGAAUUCAACAAAGACUACCUCAGUGAUUCUGACCCUGAGGAGGAAGGAAUCAAGAGACGCAUUGGUCCUCUUAAAAUGGCCGCUCUAAAUGGUCUGACGCUGUCCCGACCUAUGGUGCUGGCACUGAUGAAUGACGAAAGUAGAGCUCCGAAGGAUGAACGGAGAAAGUUACUUGAAACCAAACUGUCUGAGAAUCUCGUAUUUAAAGAAUUCGAAGAAAUUCCUAAAAAGGCCCCAUCGAUGGAGUGUCAGUGUGCUAAACUGUCUGAAAAUGAAUCUCGUAAUCGCUUUCGUGAUGUGCUUCCAUAUGAUGCCACCAGGGUGAAAAUUAAUCCAAGGAAAGACAACCCAUCAGGCUAUAUAAACGCAUCACAUGUAAAGUUGCCAGUUGAUGACCGAGUGUGGUGGUACAUUGCCACACAGGCACCCAUGUCAAACACAGCAGUGGAUUUUUGGCAGAUGGUCUGGGAACAGGAAGUUGAUGUGAUCGCCAUGCUUACUGCUGUUGUGGAGCUGGGAAAAAGGAAGUGCUAUGAGUACUGGCCACAGGAGAUUGGACCAGAACACAAAAUAAUCUUUGGUCAAUUUGAGGUGACCCUGAUGUUCUGUAACGACUCCCUGUGCUAUGUGACCAACAGGAUAUCUGUAGUUCAUCUCCCAACAAAGAAAGAGCGCCAGUUGUGGCAUCUCCAGUACACGGACUGGCCUGAUCACGGCUGUCCAGAGGAUAUGUAUGGUUUUCUGGGCUUUUUGGAUGAGGUAGAGUCAGUACAAAGACUUGCAGAAAGUGAGGAAGGUAGCGGCAAGAAAUUACCUAUCCUGGUCCACUGUAGCGCUGGGGUGGGGCGUACAGGGGUAGUGAUCCUCACGCAAGUCAUGAAGUGGUGUCUGGAACACAACCAUGAUAUAGAUCUACAGAAAGCUCUGGGAUCUAUUCGACAGCAGCGCAUGUACCUGGUUCAGACUGUCGGACAGUACAACUUUAUACACAAGACACUGAUACAGUAUCUGAAGAACACAAGACUUAUAUGAUCAACAUUACUGAGAAUUACAACUUUGUUUAUACAUCAACAGAAUGAAGCAGCUUGGUUCACCAAUCAACAAAGGAUUUCAUUGAUAGCACAGAUGCUGGUCACAAUGUGUUAGAAUGGAAGACUACGGGUAGUCUUCUUUUAGGGAAAUGGAUCUUUAAAGAUUGGACAGAAAGUUGAACCUCAUUGUGGAAAAAAAAUCAGGGAUUGUUAAACAGCUAUGCUAAAUAAGAUUUUAUAAAACUUUUAAGUGGCAAAAUUCAUAAGAAUGAUGGUACACAGCAUGGAUGUUGAUUAGUAAAAUAGUGCUUGUUUUGUAUUAACAUUUCACAAGUUGACAUGAUUUGAUUUCUCAGUUUGAUGUAAUAGAAGUUAUUGGGUAUACAUGAUCAUUUCACUUUAUGGUAUGAAGGAUGAAAAGACCGUAACAUGUUAUUUGCAGUAAGAGGGGAAAAUGUGACACAGUUGCGAAUGUUUGAACUGUUCAUGGGAAAAAAUCUUGGAAUGUUCUGCAUAUAAAAAAAUGUUUGACAUGUCCAAAACAAUAUUUUUCACUAGAUGUGAAAUAGCUGGAGAUGUUUGUAAUCUUGAGUUUCAUCUGUGCCAUAUACACACACACACAUUGAUAUUACAUAAAAUAUGUUGUUCAUGUUCAAAUGAUAAAUGUAUAUGCAAUUGUUAUUAUAAAUCAGAGAAAAAGAGUACACAAGAAUUACUAUUGUUUUUUUCCUUUUGUAAUUUACAGUGAUUGAUCUACAGGUAAAUAUUUCAAGGUAUGAUGGUUUUGGCUUUGAUAUUUAUUUCCAAGUUGGACAUGGAAUUUAAUGCAUAGUUAUUGUGUCCCAUGGUUGUAACUUUGGUGACCAUUCAUAGGAAGAUGUUUAGAGUGUUAUAAUGAAACUUUGAUUAUUGAAGUAAUUCCCUAUAAAAUUUUGUCAAAAAUGUUGUUCAAAUAUAUGAUAUUACAGUGUAAGCUGUAUAGGAAGAUGCAAAAGAUUUGUAGAAAAAGGAAAAGUAUGGAAUAUUAUUGUUGUGAAGGCAGUGAAUGCUAUAUGGUUUUAGUUGUAUUGCAAAUAUUGCAAAAAAUAUUCUUGUGAUAUUUUUUAAAAAUAUGUAUUUAGGUUUGUAGUUAUUUUUCUGUGAAAUAUAUGUUUUGAAGUUUAGUAUGCUUGAUAUCAAAUACAGAAAAAGGUGAUAUUGCUGUGGUACGACCUCCGAGGGAAGGGAGAUCAGUCUGGAGUUCAUUGUCUGAAAUAAUUGUCCUUGAAUAGUGAAUGUACAAAUAGGCCAGAAUUGGAUGUAAUUUGCCAAACUUUUGACAUAGAUGAUCAGCAUUUCAAUAUUCAUGUACCCAUCACAUACUCAACAUACAACGACUCAUGUCUUAAUCCAUAUUGUAUUGUCGAAUGUAAAUUUUUAUAAAUUGUUCUAGUCAUUCAUCGAUGUUUUGUUUUGUUAAAAAAUGUCUUGCGUUGCGUAAUAUUUCAUCUUAUUUUCAGUUCUUCCAUAAAUUUCAGCUUAUAAGUUUUCCACGAGAUAAACUGAUUAGUUGAUUAGUGUAUUUAGUGUUGAGAGAGAAUGUGAGUGCUAUAGAUCAAUGAAUGUUAGACUUAGUUCAACAGGUAAAGACAAAAUUUCACAGGUUUAAAAUUCUGAGUCGGUAGUUGAUUGAUCAGUGUAAAAAGUGAAUGGUUGUGAUUUUUUCCUGCGAGUGUUAUGUGAUUGAGAUUACUUGGUGCAAUAUAUAAACCAUAGAAUUGUUUUAUUUCUGACAUGUUUGAAUGUAUUUAAUUCAUAAUAUAUUUACAGGCACAAUUUUUCAUUGAAGACAAUUAAAUGUUUCGCUUUCUUUAUUGUGCACCUCACAUAUUAUAGGAGUCAAUGAAAAUCACCAAAAAUUAUAUUUUUUAGUAACUCUUUUUUAAAUUUGCGGUAUAUAUGGGAUGUGGAAUAAAAUUCAUGAAUUUUAUAAUAGGUAUACAUGAAAAGUGGUUGUGAAUUUGUGAUAUUUUUGGUUAUAUUCCACUGAAAUCAUUUGAAUCCUUUUGUUGAAAGAAUUUUUUUUUAAUUGAUAGAAAUAUGUCAAGAUAAUAUUCGAGAAACCUUUGAAAAACACAGAUGGUAAAAUUAUAACAAUCAAAUGAAAAAAACACUAUGCAAAUUAUUUUGUCCUUUUUUUUUUUUUAAUUUCAGGCUUUUAAUCAAACAAUCACAUUGAAUUUGAUAAUUGGUAAUUGCUUUGUAUUUGUACUCUGAGAAUUUAUAAGUAGAUUCUUUUAUGACUGUUAAUCAGGAAACACUGAUAUGGAGACUCUAUGCGGAGGCCGUCAUUUAUUUGUAGGAAAUAUGCUUCAGUAAAUUCAAAGGGAGUUAACUGUAGUCGGCAAUCUGUCAAGUGCAGGUAACAUCAUUAUUCAGAUUUGAUGUUUUAUUAGUUUGCAUAAAUUUCCUUCAAAUUCAAAAAACAAUUAUGAAUUUCAUUCUAGCAAUAAUAUAUUUCAUUGUUGAUUUAUAUUGUUCACAUAAAUGUUGACUUCCAAAGCCGACUGUAAAACAGCAACAUUUUUAGAAUUUGUACACAAUAUAUUGAUGUAUAAUGAAAUCAUAUGAUGUGAUGUAGUUCUAAUAUACAUCAGCUAUUUUUCAUUUUUAUGUUGUAAAAUAUUCAUACUCUCAUAAUCAACCUGUGUUUCUAUCAAAGUAUAUUAUACUUCUGUCUAUUUCAAACAUUUUUCAUGUUUGAUUAAUUCAUUUCAUCUAUAUGCUUUUGUAACAGAAAUUAUUUCACUUCAUAUUUUGCACAUCUUUAGUAACCUCAAAAAAAGGGGGUGGUGGGGGUCGGUUGGCUGGUUACAUAACUGUGAUACCAGGAAGCUAUUGUUUACAUAGAAGUGUUCAAUUCUGUCAAAAGCUGAAAUCCUUUCAGAUUGCGAAGUUAUGAUGGAUUUUUUCAAACUUAUUAUAUAGGAUGGUUAGGUUAGGCAUAAUACACCACACAUCAAUAUGUUCAAGUUAAAUCCCAUCCUUCCAGUGCAGUAGUUCUGUAAAAGACAAUAUCAGUAUUAUACAAACUGUAUCACCUUGUCUAGUGACUCGGUAAUGUUUAGUGUAUGUUCAACCUUAGAAAUCCGAUAUAGCUUGUAGUGUCGACAUCUUGCCCAAAAAGAUUGCAACUACACUUUUGAUGCCAGUAGAAGGUGGUGAUAUCUCAUCAUGUACCUGUUUAUCUCCUCCAUUUAUCGUGGAACUGAUAUUCCAUAAUGACCUGUGCUUUUCAUUGUUAUUUUUACAUUGUUGAAUAAUGAAAUGUAAAGGUAAAGGGAGAUCAUCCAUUAUCUAAAGUCUAGAAAAAUGGAUAGAAAUUUACACAUGGUCAAAAGGUAAUUCUAAGCCUAUUCCGUUACAUAUACAGCAAUAUCUUACCAGUUAAUCUGUGAAAAUAUAUCUAUAUACAAAUGGACAAAACAUUCAUAUGGAAUUGGUAUUGCUGAAGUAGUUGGCUGCAGUAUUUUUUAAUGCAAGCUGAUGUACUGUAGAUCUGUUGUAGAAUCUCUAUAGUGGGUUUAGAUAAUAUCAUGAAACGAUAGGGACCAGUGCCUUUUUGAUCCAUGUCCAUAUGAAGUAUGUGUGAACUGUGCAAGAUCGAUCAACAUCAAGUUUUAGUUGAAAAUCAGCUUUUGCAUGCUUGCCCUAUCAAUUUGAAGGAGGUUACUGCUUUUUCAGUCAUUUAUUGUCUUUUGAAGUAAUUCAGAUUAACCACUUGUGUUUGUUCUAAUUCAAUCAGUUCUUCUAAUUGAAAUGUUGAAUUGCAGUUUACACAAAUAUUUUGUGAUACACAAGAACUCUUCUCGGACAUUUUAAACUUUGUCACAUGGUUCUCAUUUUUACAUUCUUUUAAAAAUCAGUACUUCUUACUGUAUAUGUAUUACUGUGUAUAAAGUUAUUUGGAAUGAAAAAGUCUGAGCAAUUAGAAAGCUUGUCCACUACCUUGAAAAUAAUCAUUAAAAAAAUUCCCGAUUUUCUAUGAAAUGUAAAUGGCACCAGUUAUUCACCUUGGUUGUUUAUCUGAAUGUUCACCUCUCAUCCUAUACUUAUUACAUAUGUUGUUUACCAUUUAUCAUUAAGAAGUAUUUAUCCUUUUUUAAAUUUCCUAUAUAUGUACAAUAUAAACCUGUACACUGCCAUGAUGGCUGUCAGCAGGAUUGCAAAAAAUAAAAAUACAAGUCAAACAAA